GUUAAUGCUUGAUUCCAAUAAUAUUUUUCUUCAUUUCUUUAAUAAAAUUAAUUUAUUUUUAAUUUAUUUGAGAUUGAUUUGACAGUUUGUAGAUGUUCUAAGCAAAAUUAUAAAUUGUCUUUGUGUAUAGAUGAAGCGGUUUGAAUUUAACCUUAAAAUUAAAUUAAAUCUAAUCCUAAUGCUAAUCUAAGCUAAGGCUUACCUCCUCCUGUUUUCAAAAAUUAGAAAUAAAUAUUUCAUGUGAUUGAAAGUGAGCCGUGAAUUUUAUCUGAUAUAUAUAUUAUUAUAUUUAGUAUUAAUAUUAUUGAAAAUGGCAGCCUGCUUACAUGCAUCUAAAGCACUCUUUCGUUUUGUUCUGUUGGCAUUGAAUUGCCUGUUGUCAUUUGGAUCAUACUUCUGUUUUGAUAUGCCCAGCGUUCUUCAAACAAGAUUCCAGUGCAACUCUUCAUCAUUUGACCUCAACACGACGACCAACUUCACUAAUGAUUGUCUCGACAUGUCCCCGGCCCAAUACAAUCUACUCUACAUGAUCUAUGCAUGGACGAAUGCAGUGAUAGUGAUAGGGGCUGGUUUCUUCAUUGAUAAAGUUGGCAAUCAAGUCGGAGCCCUGACAUUUUCAUUCCUAUGCGUCCUGGGGUCUUCAUUGUUUGCCCUGGGCACGCAUUUGAGAGGGACAGCCGCCCUUCUACCUGUCAUGUUACUGGGCAGGUUGUUGUUUGGGGCGGGCAAUGGAUCUCUUACAAUUGUGCAAACUCGUCUGUCUGCCUUCUGGUUCAAAGAUAAAGAGCUUGCAAUGGCAUUCGGAGUGACCUUGGCAUUCUCAAGGCUGGGCAGUGUUCUCAACUUCCUGGUCACCGUUAGUUUUGCCGAUCGAUUUGGUCUUUCGUGGACUUUGUGGGGAGGAGCCAUGUUGUGUUGCCUCGGACUUGUGGCAGCUAUCCUGGUCGGAAUCCUUGAUAGGAUCGGUCUCAAACAAUUGGGAGUGGAGGAAACGAGCAAUCAGAAUGCUAAGAAGCUGAAAUUCACAGACAUCAAGCACUUCAACUUGCUUUACUGGUUGAUAGCUCUGAGCAUCAUGUUCUUCUACAAUGGUGUCUUUCCUUUCGUGGCUGAUGCGAGUAAGUUCAUCCAAGACAAAUAUGGGUACAGCCAGAAAGAUGCAUCAUAUGUGUCGGGGGCGGUCUACUACCUUUCCAUGGUCCUAUCACCCUUCCUUGGAUAUGUUGUGGACAUCAUAGGGAAGAGAGGGGUUUUAACUUUUGCCUGCGCCAUCCUCACCACCCCCGUCUUCAUCCUCCUGGCAGUCACUGAUCUCUUCCCCAUCAUCCUCACCCUCUGGCUGGGUCUCACGUACUCCCUCGCUGCGGCGAGUAUGUGGCCCUCUAUUCCAUUGGUUGUCAUGCAGUCAGCCGUGGGCACAGCCAUGGGACUUGUUACUUCAAUUCAGAUGAUUGGCAUUGGACUGUCAAACAUCAUUGUGGGAGCCAUCCUAGAAACGAAAGAUCAAAACAAGGAAGAGAUCCUACUCAGAUGGAAGUAUGUCAUGAUCUUUCUUCUCGCCAACAACGUUCUCUGCAUUCUUGUCUCUGUAGCCUUGAAUGUCGUAGAUAGAGCGAGAGAUAAAGUACUGAACUUGAGUCGAUCUCAGAAGAGGCAACUGAUUGCCAGCAGCGAUGAUUCCUUUGAUUCUCGAAUUGGGAGAUCACCAUCGACUGAUGACGACAUCAGAGGAAAUGAUGUCAUAAUCGAAAAUGGCGAUAGAGAGGCCAAUGAGAACGAUCCUCUUCUAGGAUGAAACAUCAUUUGUUGACGUCAUGUUUUCGUUCAGUUUUAACUGAAAUGGCAUUUAUUCAGCUAGUAGUAAUUUCAUUAGUCGUUGCUUGUAUUCAUGAGAUGAAUUCUAAUUCCAUAACCUCGAACAUCUAACUAAUUUUACUCUUUGCUUAGACAAACAAGUUGCAUUUCAUUAAUAUGUUGAUUCACUAAGAUUUUAGACGUCUUAGUCAGAAACAAAUUAAUCAUUGGAUUUAUUAAUUUUCACUAUGCAAUAUUUUCGAGAUUCACAAUACAUUCUGACAGUACGUUUCUUAUUUAUUUUGAUGUCGCAAAUAAUAUAGACAUUCGUUCAGGUAGGUAUGUGAAGCUAAUUUUUCACACACUAUUUAUGUUCUUGUGCUUUCUUAUUCAAGUUUGUUAAAUCCUCGUCUACUAGUUUAGUUCUCACUGUGUUCGUUAUUUAUCUUAUUAUUUCCAUGUAUGGUUAUUUUAGUUUAUAGCAAAUCAACUGUUACAAAACGCUUUGUUACCUCAAUGUUACUAUUAUUUAAAACGGCAAGAGCCCUUAUCUUAUGCGUUCAUGUAUUUACUCUUCAGUAUUGUCAUUCAUCAUGCUUUUUGUCACUAUUGCUUGUUUUAUUUCAUUUACAAACACCAAGACAUUUGUAUUGUUUGUAAUUUGUAUACAUCCACUUACUGCGUCGUGAAAAACAAAACUUCGUCAUUUACACUGAGAAAAUAAAUCUUCUUUGAAUAGUUC